AUGGGUUCCGCAACAGAAAAUGGGGAGGAAUACCCUCAAGGUCAACUCAUGGUGCAUGCCAUUGAAGAAAAGGCACGAUGGACACCGAACAACAUAUACAUGCGAUACGCAUUGGAAGACUGGGAGCAGAACGGUUACCAAACCAUUACGUGGAAGCAGUAUGCCAACGCCAUCGAUAAGAUGGCUUUCUGGUUUGACGAGCAGCUCGGCAAGGCGGUGGAUCGCGAUACGGUUGCUUACUUUGGGCCGAACGAUCCCCGAUAUGCCAUCUUGGUGCCGGCCAUCAUUAAGAACGGGCGGAAGUUGUUGAUUCCGGAUGGCCGAGUGAACAACGAGGGGCUUGCGGACUUGAUUGCAUCGACCAAGUGCAAAGUGUGGCUCUAUGCGGAAGACGAUGCUACAGGACCAUUGAUUGGACCGGAAUCAAACUUGAGGAUAUGCGCGUUGCCGUCGCUGGAGUGGAUGCUUGAUGGCAAAGGGCAAGAGCGGUACACAUACGAGAAAAGCUUCGAAGAGGCCAAGUGGGAUGAGAUAGUCAUCAUCCAUACAUCCGGAACUACGGGCAAUCCCAAGCCCAUUUUCCAUACCAAUGGCAUGUGGAGCGCGCUGAAAAAUGUGCCCAUACUUAGCCGAAGACACUGGCCUCGAGGCAUUGCAUAUGAAAGCUGGAUAGGAAAGACAGCCCUCAAUCCAUGUCCGCCGCAAUGGGUAGCCGGCCUACAUGCGAUGAUUAUGGCACCAGCAUUCCUCGACGCUCCAUGUGUGAUGAUGCCUAGAGGCGAAGUCACCCUAACACCCGCUCUGUUCAAGAAGAUCACGUCGAUGAACAAGAUCGAUGGCGUGAAGUGUCCGCCCUUUACUAUUGCUGGCCUCUAUGAGGACCUAGCAGCUAGGGAGAUCUUGAAGUCGCUGGAGUUUGUUGUAUACGUUGGCGCACCCUUGAACCGAGCGAUUGGUGACGACCUCUACCAGCAUACGCGGCUAAGUCCAGUCAUUGGCUCUACGGAGACUGGAGAUCAGAUCGACAUACGGCCAGCGGACAGAAAGCUUUGGUAUACUCACGACUUCGUUCCGGAAAAUGGUCACAAAAUGGUGCCUCUCGACAUGGAAAAUUCGGAUGAUCUCCAUGAGCUCAUUCUGCAGAAUGCCGAAGAUGGACGUACCAAUCCUUUCCAGCUCGCCUUCUGGAACUCAGGGCAUCGGUCCUUGAAGCGUAUCGAAACUAAAGAGCUCUACAGACCUAUCAAAGAUUCUGAUGGUCGCACACGAUGGGCAUUUACCGCCCGCAAAGACGACCUGACGAAGUUGAGCUGGCUCGCAAAGUUUCAUGCGCAGGACAUUGAGAGCCGAAUUUUGCAACAUCCGAAGGUGCAAAAUGUGGUAGUAGGUGGAGAAGCUCGGCCUGCACCGUACGUUAUUGUCCAAGUAAAGGAGGGAGUGUUGGACGAGAAGAGCGGGGCACAGAUGCUUGACGAGCUGUAUGAUAGCGUAAUUGCCGGCGCCAACAAGAACGACAUCGAUGAAAUCAGAAUCCCAAGGGAAACGGUUAUGACGGCGAAGAAAGAGAAGCCGCUUAAGGUCAGCUUCAAGCAAUUGGUGCAGAGGAAAGCUGUCGAACAGGACUACCUAGAGGAAAUUGAGCAUGCAUAUCUGCUGUUGGAGAGAGCCACCAAGGUGUAG